AUGGCGGAGCUCCGGCAGUGUCUGAGACGCGGGGCGGACAAGUUUCCAGUCAAAAUGUGCCACCGUCAGCUGUCCGAGAGGUUCGUCUCCCGGGGGAAGAGUGCGGCCCGGGCUGCGUUCCUCCCGGUGGGCUCGGUGUUCGAUGACAGGCUGAAUGUUGUCCGGUCCGCAGCGGACGGAGCGCCCGCUCCUCAGGACGGUUACACAAGGUUAACAGCUUCGUCCCGGGAAUCCCGCUGCUGCCCGGGACGCAGAGAGGACGGUUCUUCCAGCGGGACCCGGGGGAACGCCCUUCAGUCUGGGAGGGUCUGGAGGACUUUCUGCGGCUCCCUGUCCGGGGGACAGCUGCUCUGUGUCCGGCUCUACAGCGGGAACGGAUCCGGAUCCGAGCCUCUCCACAAAACCAAGACGGGCUAUUACGAUAUCCUGGAGGUGCAGCCCGCCGCCACCCAGGCCCAGAUCAAGACGGCCUACUACAAGCAGUCCUUCAUCUACCACCCGGACCGCAACUCCGGCAGCGACGACGCCACCGUCCGCUUCUCCGAGAUCAGCGAGGCCUACACGGUCCUGGGAAACAAGGGGCUCCGCAGGAAGUACGACCUGGGGCUGCUGACCCUGUCCGACCUCACCACCACCCGCAGGCCGUCCGGGAAGGAGAGCUCCGGGAGGCAGCAGGGCCAGCGGACCGCGGUCAGCGCGGAGCAGCGGGGGAAGAUCUACGACUUCGACUCGUUCUUCAAGUCCCACUACAGCGAGCAGCUGCAGAGACAGAAGGACAUCCGGGUCCGCAGACAGGAGCUCCAGAAGAAGAAGGACGAGAGGCUGCACGAGAUGAGCAUGGACAAGAUGACGGGGAUCGGCCUGAUCGUGAUGCUCAUUCUGGCCAUGGGCCUGUUGACCAGUACGAAGGAGCAGUAGAGCCAGUCUGAGGCUGGACUCCCUCAUCCUGCGCUUCAGGAGCAGGAAUCACAGUUUUAAUCCCUGUAAAGUCUAAAGCAGUGCAGGGAAGAUGAAUGAAUCGAUGACCUUUUAGAGCUGGGAUGGUGCAGUAUUGAUUUAGCUUUGGAAGUGAGCUGAAGCUGGAGUGAGUGUGAUCUGACAGCUAAUUUGAUGCGAGAAUUGAAAGGAAUGUUUGAGCUAAAGAAGACACGACGGUUCUUCACUGGCAAGUUAAAGUCUGAAAGUAACCUCAUGCAUGUGUUUGGACUGCAGUGAAACCUGGAAUACUGAGAGAAAACACGUGCACAUCUCCCUGGAGCCCCACCAGAUCAUCAUAGAACGGCCUUUGACCUUUAUCUGGUCUCUGAUCUGCCAGAUCAUGGCAGUGAGGAACACACCCUCGAUGAAUCACCCAUCAGAUGACAUGAGAAUAUGAAACUGGUCGCCUGGCCUUUGGUAAUGGACUUCUGAUGGGUGACUCUCUGAUCUUUGACCGGUUGUUAGCUGAUAAGCAGCACACCCAAAAUGCUCCUCUUGUUUGUUUAAAACUCAGAGUGCUUCACGUUUCAGUUGCUUCUGCUGUUCAGAAUUCUCCACUGCCUGCGCUGCGAGCGUGUUCACGUGCAGACAGAUGCUCCAGUGGUUGAUUUACAACCGUUUCAGGCCCGUGUGUUUGGCUUUCAUAAAGUCACCCGCCCCUCUGGCAGCCUGCGUUCCUGCUGAAGGUGAUCAGAGUGUCGAUUCAGGGAAAACCUCACUAUUUAUGUGUUUAUAGCUCUGUCAGUAAAUUAUAAAGAACUGAACGGUUCUGAAGAUUGAAAUGAAAACAAUGUGCCUUUGCUUGUAUUUAUUGUAAAGAAAAAAAGGAAUUAUAUGUAUAAUAUCCAGAUGUAAAGCCAUAGAUGUAGAUUCCACACAAAUAAAUAGCUGAAGAAGCUCAGUGGU